AUGAGCAACGAGAUUGAGGUUGUGGUCGACUCUGGGUCGGAUGCCUCAUGCUUGCCGCUGUCCUGGGCACACGUCGGAAGGGCUGAUGGAGCGAGCCUUGAUAGUUUCAGGGAUGCCCAGGGUCGCAUGAUCAGGGGUUCGCAAAUGCGUACGGCAGUGCUUCAGAUUGAUGGUGUUCAAUUCAAGGAGCGAUGGCUGUUGAGCAGUGUGACACAGCCGCUUUUCAGUGUCGGCAAGUUGCUCAGGCGGGGAUGGGACAUCAUCCACAGUGACGGUGUUCCUUACUUGACAAAUCCUGGGGGCACAGUGCGCGUGCCUAUGCACUACCGGCACAAUUCCUUGCAUGCGCGAGGCUCCAUCAUGAGCGUGGUAGUGUGUGCCAACGACUGUUUGAGCGAUGACAGAGAGGACGAUGCGGCCCGACACCACGAGCCCCAGGAAGCCGAGCUUGAUGAUGAGCAGGUGCGCGGCAACGACCAGCAGGUCGAGGUGCCCCGGAGUGCUGAAGCAGACAGCCCUGUUGCGGCUGCGGUGCGUGCGCUUAAGCUUGGCAGUGCAUGGCUGAACCUGGGUAGCCAAUACACCGAGAUGCAGCCUGGAAUCUUUGCUAGGCAAGAUCAGUCGGAUCGGUUUCUUGAUGUGUCAGUGCCGUUGAGCCACCAUGGAGUGGGCUUCCGCACGACCCUUCAGUAUGAUGGUGCCGAAUGGAAACUGAUUGAAAUCAACUGCUUGAUCAGCCUCUUUGAUGAUCUUGAGAAGGAGUUUGAGCCUAAAGGAUCCCGCCACAUCAUCACCAUUGGCUCUGUUGACCCCUUGCAAGUAGAAAAGCUGUUUGAUCAUCAGCCUGUAGCGUGGAACGAUGAAAGUUAUGACGGCGAGUAUGCUGAUGCACCGCCUGAUGAAAACAUGCUUGAAGAGGAUGAAAAGGCUGAAGAUGUUGAUGAAGGUGCCGGUGUAGGACCCGUGUCCCUCGCCGAAGUUCUUGGAAUAGGCAAGUCCGGAGGAAAGCAGACGGUCUUUGCGAGGAUCGAGCAACACUUGAAAACCCAGGAGUUGCUGCAACAACAUGCUUUCCAGACUGAUGGUGUGCCAUUGCCGCUUGAACAAAAGUUUGUCGAAGAGCCAACUGCAGAGCAGAAGCGACGGCACGAGCUCAGUCAUGUGCCGUAUGCCGAUUGGUGCCCACACUGUGUAAAGUUCCGCGCCAAAGCCGACAAACAUGUGUCGAGCAAACCUGAGCUGCGGGACGAUUCGGUGUGCAGCUUCGAUUUUGCUUAUACAGGACGGAGCAGCCCAGCUGAGUUUGAAGGUGCGUCAAAGGACAAGCUUGUUUGCCUUGUGAUCAAGGACUCCCACACUGGAGCGAUGCAUGCUGUGCCAACGCCAGCCAAGGGCGGACCGGUUGCUUUCAAGUAUCUUGUUGCCGAAGUUUGUCGGUUCUUGAAUUACUGUGGGCAUGAGUCCGUCACGAUCAGGUCUGACGGUGAGCCAGCUUGCUUAGCACUUCAGCAGGGCAUCAAAGCUUUUAGGACCAAGAUGGGGUUACGCACCCACUUGGAACAGACCGAGCCAGGUGACCACCAGUCAAAUCCGUCGGAACAGGCCAUUGAUAGCAUCCGGCAGCUUGCAGGAUGCAUUCUUGACCAGUUUGAGGAGCGUGCCCAGACAACUGUAGGUGCAAUGCACCCACUGCACGGCUAUGCUUGGAGACACGCGGCAUGGCUUCACAUGCGAAUGUCGCGGCACAACGACCUCAGUGCGUUUCAGGUGAUCAAUGGCCGGCCGUAUGCAGGGAAACUCGUUUGUUUUGGAGAAAAUGUUUACGCCAGAGUCAAGAGCAGUGUAAAAGGAAAAGCACGGUGGUGCAAAAUGCUUUGGCUUGGAAAACUUCCUGUAUCGGACCUGCACUUUGGAGUCACCGAGGGAGGAUUCAUGCUGUCCUCAAGGUCCGUUAGACGGUUGCCAAAGCAAUAUGAUUCAUCCUUGUGUGCCAAGCUGCGCGACAUGCCUUGGAGCCAAGCGUCUUUUCUUGCAGGCCAAGUUGGUCAAGCACGCAAGCAGAAAACGCUUCAGGGUGAUGAGGAUGCCGGUACCGAGCCUCAGGUUGAGCAGCAAGCCGAAGUGCCUUCACAAGCAGGUGCGGCGGAGAAUCCUUUGCCGUUUCCGGGUCAUCUGUUGCCCGACGAUGCAAUGCUGCAAGAGUUUGUGCCACCGCUGCCCCGAGAGCCAGUGUUGCAUUCACCUGAGCCGCCCACGCCUGUAGCGGCCACUCCAGGGCAGCAAGCAGAAACUCCGAUGCAAGUUGAAACGGCCUCGCAUUCGAUGAUGGGCCUGGGAUUGCCUCUUCGUCCUCUGGGAUAG